GACGUAAACAAAGAGAAAACGCGAAUGUCCAGUAUUUAGGCGCAAGUAAAGUCCUGUACGCGGACGGGUACUAUGGUGAUAUACGCUACUGGUAGUUGGUAGUGGGAUGCGCUCCCGGAUGGUAAGAGAUCGAGAUGCGUAACGAUGGUAGACGCGGAAAGAAAGGUUGGUAUUGGUUCAUUUUAUCAUUUUUAUUUUGCUCCCAUAGUGAUAAUCAGAAGGUAAGUACAUCUGUUUUUCCCUGGGUAUCACAGAUCGUCAAAAUGGCAUUCAGCAAACGUUUGCGAGAUCCAUUGACUGUCAGUUUUACGGAAUUUUCAAACCCGUGGAAUUUUUUCGCUUUGUUUGGAUCAUCGAGCGAGGAAGAGAUUUGGGAGUGGCUGAGGGAUAAUGGCCUUGUGGCGAGAUCCAUGAUUUGCGAGGUGUGCGGACGGCAGUGCAGCCUCCAAAAGAAAGCUGGGAGGACAUCCGGAUAUGUCUGGAGAUGCAGGCAAAGAGGAGCAAAUGCCCACGAUAAGACAUACUGUGUGACUAAGAACUCAUUCUUCGAACACUCUCACUUUGAUGUGAGAGACAUACUUCUAUUCAUGUGGCUCUGGCUAUUCAACCCUAGUCUAAAGCAAGUGUCAAACAUGUCAGGGAUAGGAUACUCUGUCUCAUCAGUCAACUGGGCAAAUUACAUGCGAGAUAUCUGUAGGCAAUUUGUCAACGACCUAUACUACAAGGACACUGAGAGAUUGAGAGGUGAAGUGGAGCUGGAUGAGAGUUUCUUCGGGAGGAGGUGCAAAUUCAAUCGCGGGAAUCCAAAUCCUGGCCAUAAAGUUUGGAUCUUCGGGAUGGUUGAGAGGGAGACGAAUCGGCUGAUCAUCUAUCCAGUCGACAGGAGGGAUGAGGAGACAUUGGUGACCCUUAUCGAAAGACACGUUGAGCCAGGGACAAGAAUCUACAGUGACGGAUGGUCGGCGUACUCAUCUUUGAAUGAGCGAGGAUAUGAGCACUUCACCGUGAUCCAUAAGUACGCUUUUCAGAAGAAAUACAGGAAUGUGCUAACAGGAGAGGUCAUCAAGGUGCAUACGAAUAGGAUCGAAGGAGCAUGGAAACACGCCAAAGACCACUUUAAGAGGAUAAAUGGCACCAGUAUGGCUAACUUUGAGGCACACCUUGCCGAGAUUGUGUGGAGAAACCGAGUCUGCAAACGGAACAUAUUUCAUGCAUUUUUCGAGUUGUUGAAGCAGCACUACCCCCUGGAUGGACCUCACCAGCUGCAAUGUCGAAUUCCACUGUUCGACUCAUGGAGCGCUGGACUAAUGCCAGAUGCUGGAGGCGAUGCAAAUGAGUCGGUAAUCCGGUGUGAGGAAUCAGCUGAAGCACUUGUAGAUAGCAGUGACAAUGACACUCCUCCUCCACAACCUCCACCACCACCACCUCCAUCACCACCACCACCACCACCUCUACCCCAGCCUCAACCAGCUUCACCACCAUCACCUGCACCACUUGCAUCGUCCACUCCAAUACGGACUGUUCCGCCAAAAAGCCGUCCUCCUCGUUAUCAAUCAAAGUCUAGAUGUCCAAUCAACUUCGAGCCAAUCGAAAAUGCUCAGGAUCUAAAGCGCCGUCGUCCUCGUCACUCCCAUGUAAAGGCAGCCAAAAACCCGUACACUAAAGACAAUUUCACCUCAAAGCUUGUUUGGUCGGAUGAUGACGACGAUUUUGUGUCUUAAUUUUCACAGUUUUGCAUUUGGAACGUUUAUGGAUACAAUUAGUUCGUGUUUAUUUUUAUUAACUUUUGAAACAUUUGAGACAUUUUCAGGACUAGUGAAAAUCAUCAGAGCAAAGAGUUAAGGUAAGAUUUUGACUUUUUUUUCUAUAGGCCUACCAAUUAUAGAAUAUAUAAUGUGCUUCCGCUCGAUAUGAUCAUCCAACAAGUUUAUGAAAGUUGAAUGAACCCGGCAGUACGAGAUAACAGCGGAUCCGGACAAUGGUUUAAAACUAGGUCAUUAUGACGUAUACAGGUAGGUAUACGUCAUAAUGACCUACCGGUAUACCGGUAGAGAUUCGUAAAGAAUAUAGUUCCGAGUAAGAAUAUCACCCGCGGAGGAAUAUUAUAAGUGACGAGGUUUUGAACAGCGUUUAUGGUAAAGAAUUGUGAUCGAAAAUCUGUUGGGAC